AUUUCACUAAGUCUCCCCUGACAUAAAACUACAAAGAAUUUCAUUACUUAUUCUCCAUUGAUCCAAAGUUUCAAGUCUGCUCGAUUUGAUAUGGAAAUGGAAAACUUUUUUAAGUAAAUGAUCACUGAAUUUGUUGACAAAAGAAAAAAAAAUGGAUGAAUAUAAUCAGCUGACGGAGAGUAGUACUCCUAGCGGAAAUUUAUUGUACGCAACUCCAGUGAUUGCACCAAGUUCUUCUCCUUACGGGAGAGCGUGUAGCGGCUCUAACGUGAGUAAUCUGCAGACCGAGAUGCCAUUAAUUUCCUUUCAGCUUCAAUCGAGCGAGUGUUAUCAAUCGGAGGCACACCCAAUUGUGAUGACUGAAGCUAGCAAUUCUCAACCUGGUCAAAAUUUUCACUACCCUUUGUUGAGAGGGCACCAAGUAGUUCAUCACCAACAAGAAGGGAACGAAAGCUCAAGUGAAGGGGAAGUUAUCAAAGCGAAGAUCAUUGCUCAUCCUCAGUACAAUAACCUCUUGGAAGCUUACAUGGACUGCCAAAAGGUGGGAGCUCCACCUGGAGUAGUGGCCCGACUAGCAGCUUCUCGACAAGAGUUUGAAGCGAGGCAGCGAUCUUCAGUGGCAUCGAGAGACUUCUCGAAAGACCCGGAGCUGGAUCAGUUUAUGGAAGCUUACUAUGACAUGUUGGUGAAAUACCGAGAGGAAUUAACGAGACCCAUACAAGAAGCUUUGGAUUUCAUGCGGAGGAUUGAAUCUCAACUUAAUAUGCUCAGCAAUACUCCCGUGCAGAUCUUCAACUCCGAUGAGAAGUGUGAGGGUGUUGGUUCAUCUGAGAAGGAUCAAGACAAUAGUUGUGGAGAAGCAGAACUAGCUGAAUUUGAUCCGCAUGUUGAAGAUCGAGAACUGAAGAACCACCUAUUGAGAAAAUAUAGUGGUUAUUUAAGUAGUCUGAAGCAAGAACUCUCCAAGAAAAAGAAGAAAGGGAAACUACCAAAAGAAGCUAGACAGAAAUUGCUUAGUUGGUGGGAGUUGCACUACAAAUGGCCAUACCCCUCGGAAUCAGAGAAGGUGGCAUUGGCUGAAUCAACUGGUUUGGACCAGAAACAAAUUAAUAAUUGGUUCAUAAAUCAAAGGAAACGUCACUGGAAACCCUCUGAAGACAUGCAAUUCAUGGUGAUGGAUGGUCUGCAUCCACAUAAUGCAUCUCUAUAUAUGGAUGGUCACUUCAUGGGUGACGGUCCUUAUCGUUUGGGCCCCUGAUAAUCUGCAAUACAGCUUUAUAAAUUACCUGCUCGGCAGGACUAAAUUUAUAAGUAUUUGUUUCAGUUAAAUUGCAGUCACAGCAUAUGA